UGUAACAGUUCAAAAGUUACAACAGGAAUUUAAUUUACAUUGAUAUACUGGGAACAAAAAAAAAGUUUCUUUCUUACACAUUUCAAUUGUUUGUCUUGUAGUCUUGUCAAAGUUUUAAAACCGAAUCGGUUACGUUUAUGAGUAAAACGAAAAAUUCCGGUGAAAAUUUCGUGACAUUUGAUUUUUUUUUUUUUAAAUACAAAUUAAAAUCAAAGUGAUUCGCUGAAUUGUUGUGCAAAAACCAGAAAAUACGAACUGUGAUUGCAUUGAUAUAAAUACCGCGAUUUAUAUUUUGUGUCAAUUGGCAAAAUUGUUGUUUUCCUGGUUGCGAAUUGGCAUUUUUACUUCCCCGUGCCAUUUUUUUUCUCUCGCCCAUAACAUGCACUUUUACCAAAUUCGUCGCUAUUUCGCUGCACUAAAUUAUGUGAUUUGGUAACAUUUAGCUGUGAAGCAAGUGUAUAUACGUGUAUAUAUACAUAAACGGGAAUUACAAGAGGAAAAAUACACGCAUAGAACAUCGUAAAGAGACGAAGCAACCCGAGAAACGAGAGAAAAUUGCAAACGAUACUAAAAUUUCGGCGAAUGCAUCCAUAUCCAAACGGAAGCCAAACAGAAAUUGUGCAAAAUAGAGAGAACAGCAAAAUCGGAAACAACGAGAUUAAUAACAAUAAUUUAUGUGGAAUGAAAUUGACGAUGAAAAUUUGAUUUAUUCUUAUUUGGAAUGCAGUUUCUAUCACUCCAUCUAGUUAAAGUUAAAAUUCCAUGCACUCACUGACCGCUGUGUAAAAUUUUACAGAUUUUUUUUCUUUUUCAUUUGAACCGGAGCGAAAACGCUUCGUCAAAGAGAGAAAAAAGAUAGAGGGAAAGCGAAAGAGAACGAGAGUUAGUGUAUCAUCUAUAUAAUUCAGUGUUGGAAAAUUCAAAAUUUCUCAUCAUAAUUGUCCAAAACGCGAUAACGUUAACGAGAGAUAGACAAUCGAGAAUCGGACCGUGAGUUGUGUAUGCGAGAAUAACAAAAUACGUGACAUGAUUUCAAAAUACAAAUAAACAAUGAUAAACGAGUAAAACGGCUCGAAUGCAUUUCUAUCCGUAUUGUCGCGAAUGUGCGCGCUCUGUCUCACCAACACAAAAUAGCAUACACUCAAUGCACAUACAAAUUGUAAAGAGAGAAAAUAUCAAACAAUACAACUAACACUGCGAAAGAAAAAAAAACGGAAAGAGAGAAAGAACAAGAUACCGAUGGGAGAUGGUCUUGAGAGCAUUGCGCUGCAACCAACACAAUAUGCAUUGACCGAAAGAAAAAUGCAAAACUAAGUGCAGAAUAAAAAUAAAAUAAAAUUCUAUAAAUAAAAUAAGGACAGCAAAAAUUAAAAAAAAAAAACUUAAAUUUAAAAACAAGCUCAAAAACGCACCAAAAAAGAGAAAAAAAAAGGAAUCGAGCGAAAAACUUGAAGUGAACACAAAUAACAAUUAAUAAAACAGAUACACUGAAUUAGAGUGAUUCGUACAGUGAAAUUGUUUAUUCUCACAUACGAUUUUUUGGGAAACAAAAAGCGACAAACAUUGACAACGGUCACAGAAUAUUUAGAUACGGCAUAUUCUCUCUCUCAAAUUCUCGUCGUUUGCAUUUACACAAAUUUUAAUAAGUAAAACCCAAACACGAGCCAAGGGAUAGUGAAUUGAGAGUACGACAGCAUAAUUAAAUGCCAGUACACAGUGUAUGCAUGAGAAAAGACAACAGAAAACAGCACUAGUAGCCACAUCUAAAUUGUUCAUAGCAUAACAAAUUGCAAUUUCUCGAAAUUCUCGAGCAUUCGAAAACUGUACGUAAUUGGCUAUUUGACUGGUUUGGUGACAUUGCUUUGGAAUUCGUGAAAAUUUUCUUGAAACGAGAGAUUCUGUAUGACAUAUUGUGUUACAGUGCACCACAUAACAAACACAACACCAUCAGAGACCAAAUGCGGCAAGACCAGCGAAGAAAAGUGGAACUUAUACACGUAUAACUAGCACAAACGACAGAGAUCACAGCUAUUUGAUAUCGUGCUGUGACUUUUGGAUUUUGGGCGGCAGGAAAAACUUUUUCAUUUUUGCACUCACUUCACUCCAUGCGCCCAAUGCAUUCGUGUGUAAACAGUAACUAAUUCGUCUCUAUUCAUUCAUCAUUCGUUUGGUUGUGCCACAUUUACAAACAAGCACACACACUCAUAUUUGGCAAAUAUUUAUUGUUGCUAAUCAUACACGAAAAGUAUACACUUGGAGCACAUUGACAUAUAUCAUAUCAACUAAGGAAACUCUCGCCUAAACAAGGAAAGAAACGACGACGAAGAUUUUUGCAUCUGUAGCAAAUGUCCAUACGGCGCGCGCGGUGAAUAGUCAAAAGCUAAAGUGCUAAUUAUUGUUUUGCAAAGUGAGUGUGAACGAACUAACGAACUAACGAGAUUCAUUUGUAUUUUUAUGUGUAUGUGCGUAUUUCAAUGUUGCAAGAAACGGUGAACAAGGACUAAAGCGGAAGGAAGCGAGAAUAUUAAAAAGGCCCAUUCAAACAUAUGAGAGAUUCAAAGACUCUGUGUGUGAUUGUCGAACUAUAGAAGUUGGAGUUUUCGUGCUUUAUAUUUGUGCAAAAAAAAAAUUGUGCAAGAGCAGCAGUUAUGUGUCGACCGUUUACAACAUCAACGCACUUUAUGAAUUCGAUUCGAGUAUGCCAUUCAUUUAACCGUCGCUAUUGCCAUAACUAUCACUGAAUGUGUUCUGACAGUUCGACAUCAUAAUAAUCAUUAUUGUGAAUCACGUUCCCAUUUACCGCGCCACAUUUUACCACAUCUAAUACAUAUACACGUUGAUUGUUGUGUGUAUUGUCUGCGAUUGAGCGAAUGCGUGUGCAAUUCUCUCUUUCUUCGGGCGUACAUAUAUAGACGAACCAAACGAGUUGCCGCGUUCAUCCAACAAAUUCACCGUGGCACACUCUUUUGUUGCCGUUUGUGCUGCUGCUGUUGUUGUUGUUGUCAAUGUUUUGUGUUUGAUUUGCUGCUCUGCUAUUUGAUGCAAAUUCCCUUGCCAUAAACGCGGAAUAAAUUAAGUGUAAAAAAGAGUAUACGGAAAUCAUAAACCAUAUUACGAAUUUUCUACACAUUUUCACGCGUGGCUUACGCUUGAAACAUCAAACAAUCAUCAAAAGCUAAGAGACACACAGAGAGACAGAUACAGACAAAAACGGUGAAAACAUUCAAAACAUUCGUGGUUUAAGUGAAACAAAAAAUAAAACGCCAGGAAAGGGACAGAAUAAAAAUAAAUAAAUAAAUAGACAGUGGAAUACGGCGGAAAAAAAAAAUAAAAGAAAGAGACAACGAAAAAAUAAAAUGCCAAACUAAGCUUCAAAACAUUUAGCAAAGUUUCCACGAUUCAAGUCGAAAACGGAAGUGAAACGGAAAAGGCAAACAAAAUCCUAUUUAGUUGGUGUCUUUCGCCGCAAGUGAAUCCUAGUGAAAAUAUUUUCGCUCUCUCAAUCAUUUUAUCGUGUAACUGAAAACAGCACAAACAUUCACAAUCGUACACAUUUAUAUACCGUAUGAAAAGCAAUUUUUCUUGUUGUUGUUGUUAUUGUGCGGCGCAUUCGUUGAUUCGGUCGACAUUGUUGUUCUCCUGAUUCAAUCUUUCGUCAUUUACUUUUUAUUAUUAUUAUAAUUUAUAUUUUAUUCCUGCUCAGUCGGAAUACACGUUCGGCCUGGCAUUUUCACUACUUAUACCAGUCAAUUCAAAAGUGGUUUCGUUUUAGAUGCUUGUUUCGUUGUGAUACGGUACUACAGUUACUUUUUUUUCUCACUCACCCGAUGUGUAUUCAUUGUGCCACCCGCCGCCAAUAUAUAAAAUAUAAUCGCGUACACAAUCCAAGCGGGGCGAAUUAACCAAAAUAAAAAAAAGAGAGAAUAAGUACGAACCGAGCGAGAGCGGAAAAAAAAUCUGCAGAAGACAGAGGAAAAAAAGCUCCAACAGCAGAAAAACAGAACAGUAACUAGAGUUAAAUUGCAAAAAAUAAAAAUAAAAUCAAAUCACUGCGUGAAAUAGAGAGACUGCCAUCUAAUUCGGUGCGGUAUACAUAUAUUUAUUUGUGCGCGAAAAAUAGACAUAUACACAGAGAAAGAGCGAAAAAAAAGACCAAAACUCUAAUCUAGAAAAGACAAAAAGACCAUUUUGUAAUGUGAAGGCGUAGAUUUUUGUGAUAAUUGAAUGUGAAUCUCGUUUUGUUGUGCCGUUUAUCGUGCAAUUUUACGGAUUAUUUUUUUUUGUUCCGUCGUUCAAACUCGAUUUUUUUUUCUAUUCAUUGUCGUUGUGUUGCUCGGUUGGUGGAAAUAUAUAUAUUUGUUGUGGAUUCAUUGCUAUAUUACGCGCGCACAUUCUUUUUCUGGGUAGUAAAACCGUUUUUUAUUCGGUGCGCGCAUUUCGGGACAAGUGAUUGCAUUAGAUGAACAUAUCUAUCUAUCUAUGUGUGCCAUGAAAUAAUAACACGCACAUCGGUUCCACCAACAAUAAUAACAAUAUCAACAAAACGAAAGCAAAGAACACCGAAAAAGAGAAUAAGAGACGAAAAUCAUCGAGAACCACAACUUUCCAUGCAAUCUCUUUUAUCGAGUGAAGUGGAAACCAGUUGUAUCGCACAACAACAACAAACGAUAUAAAGAGAGAUAGAGAUAGAGAGGGGGGAAAUUAGUGUAGCGUAAAAGAACUGCGAUCAUUUUUGAAGGAUUCAUCAAUUGAAUUAGUACAUAAAGCUGAAAUAAUAAAAAAUAAUAUUAAUAACAUACAACCAUCGAGAGAGCAGAGAGUUUGAGGAACGGCAACAACAACACAAAAAAAUCAAGUCGCAUCAUAUCCAUUCUCUCAAUUUCAUAUCACAUUGUGCACGCUCAUUUUGCCAAUUUGCCAAAAAAUUCAUUCGCAGAAAACGAACUGGGGCAGCGUGGAAGCGAGCACAAACAAUUUAACCAGGACGACGAACGAAGAAAAAACACACAAACAAAAAACGAUAUUAAAAUAAUAAAACAAAAAAAAACGAGCAGCGUGAGGAGAAAGAAAAACAAUAUAGAAGUUGUAAAAUCGGCAAUAGCUCAAAUAUCGAGAGUGGCGAAUAUCCACGCAAUAACCAGAAGAAAGAAGUUGCUGCGAAGAGGUCAGCAGCAAAAGCAAUAGCAUCAGCCGGAGAAUUGAGCAAUAUCAUAGUGAAUCAAAGGAAUAGAUUUGAGAGGGAAACGGCAAAGAAGAGAGUAUCUUUUUGGACUCGCACCAAUUCGAUUACAUUGAGUUAGACAAGUCGAACCAUCAUUUGCAGAAAAUACAAAAACAACAAAAACCGAAAGAUAGAAAGAACGAAAUUAAUGAAACUACGUUCCACAAACAUACUCAAACACGUCCAUUUAAAAGCACAGAGAAAACCUACCCCAUACAAGAGAUCUCGACUUCAUAAAACGAUAGUGCAUGCUGCUGGUGCACACUGAAAUUUUCAUUUUGAAUACACUUUGCUCUCGCACAUACAGUCGACCCGAGAACCAAAUCCUGCUGUGUAUGAGUGUAUCUGCGUAUAUGUGUGCCGAGAAAAUCAAACGGAUUGAACUGAAAUUGAAAAAAAAAGACGGGGAGAAACCCCAAAGUAGAGAAGAAAGGAAAAUUUUGCCCCGAAAAAAAGCAUUCGUUUCGAUUUCAAUGGAAUGAGCUGUAUUGAAUUGCAGGAAAGCUUUACAAAAGAGACCGACAACUGUUAGAAAAGAAAGCAAACACGAGAAACAGCAACCGAAGUUGCACAAAAAAAAAAUAACUUAAAUAAACACACAACCAGUUGGAUUUCACAAGCAUACACACACGUUUAUUUAUAUCGAACUCAUCGAAUCGAAUUAUUUAGAACGAGAGAAAAAGAAGAAGAAAAAAGAAUAGAGAACCGGUAGCAUUGGAAUUGAAUAUCGCCUAAAUUCGGCAUACGCUUUCAUUUCUUGUGUCGUGAAUCCGCAAACACAUCAAACUUAGAUUCUCAACAAGAGAACAUAAAUAAAAAUUUCCAAAAAAAACACCGUACUUAAAUAACAAAAAAGUGUGUAGAAACUCAGAACGAAAAAAAAAAAAAAGAAUAGGGCAAAAACGAAUGUUUAAAAAAACUCUAUGAAAAAAAAAAAAUGAAAAGCUACUUGCAUAAAUAGAUAGAAAAGAGAAAAAAAAACGAACGCGCAUUCGAAACCCGAACCAAAACCGAAAGACACAAAAACACGAGAACGUUACAAGAAGAAAAACAACACUAACGUUAAGAAACCAAACGAAAGCGCAAGAAUAAAAACCUGCAUGAGAAGAGAAGAAAAAGAAAAAACCAAUCCAGAACAGCCGUGAGAAGCCAAACUUAUUGGAUUCAAACGACAUCCAAUAACAGCAUCUCGAAAAGGAUCUCUGAACUACAGGCGCAUUGAAGCAAUAGCAAAGGCAUCGGAUCCAAAGAGGAAGAGAGAAACGGUGCUGUCAAGAUAAGACGAGAUUUCGAGAAACCAAAAGGAGAUUCCGUGAAGGCGUUCGUUACAUAAAAAGAGAAAGAACAAGCAAACGUCGAGACGACUGCAACAACAACAAAAUACAACAUAUUUUCACACAAAUAUAUCACAUACACAUCAACGCAUUAUCAUGAAGAUUUAUUUACUUAAGGACAUAUUUUCGUUAUAUUUUUUAUUAUUGAAUUGCGGUUAUUGCCAAAAUUUAGAUGAAUUAAUACCAACAUCGCAUCAUGAUUCACCGACAGUUGUGCCCAAGUUCGUGUCGAGGGGACAUUUGUACAAAGCCAUCGUUGGUGAUACGAUAGAAUUGCCGUGCAAAGUUCAAAAUUUAGGCACAUUUGUGUUGCUAUGGCGCCGUGGAUCGUCUGUAUUAACUGCUGGCCAUUUGAAAAUCACACGCGACGAACGAUUCAAAAUAGUGGACGAUUACAAUUUACAAAUAUCGAAUGUUAAAACACAAGACGCUGGCGAUUAUAUUUGCCAAAUUGGAGAUCAAGAGACGCGUGAUCAAGUGCACACGGUCGAGAUUUUAGUUCCACCAACAUUAAGAGCUGUACCACAAAAUGGACAGGUUGCGGCCCGAAAAGGUAGCACGGUUACACUUGAAUGUAAAGCUUCUGGCAAUCCAGUGCCGUCCAUCUACUGGUUCAAGAAGGAUAUUUUUGCGGGAUCAACGCAUUUGUCGGACAGUUCAACGUUGAUAUUGGAACGAGUGGAUCGUCAUCAUCAGGGUGUAUAUCAAUGUGCCGCCGAUAAUGGUGUUCGUGAGCCAGUUUCUAUGGACAUAAAUUUGACCAUUUUAUCGCCACCGGAAAUUACAGUCGAAAGAAGUUGGGUACACGCCAGCGAAGGUUAUGACAUUGAAUUGGCCUGUAUAGUACAUGGUGAUGUUACUUCCGAUAUGAUGUGGUAUCAGAACUCAUUUCUACUUGAUCCAACUGACCGUCGUUCGAUGCAAUCCAAAGGAGAUCGCUACACACUCACCAUUCGAAAUUUCCAAACAUCUGAUUUCGGAAAUUACAGUUGUGUAGCUGACAACGCUUUGGGCCGAACGAAAAAAUACAUUGAGAUAUCAGGCCGACCAGGACCAGCCGAAUUCAUUUCACCAACAUUCAGUGGUUCGCUUGAAGUAUACAAUUUGACAUGGAGCGUUGAAUCGAUUCCACCACUUGAGGAAAUUCGAUUGUUGUAUCGCCGAUUAAUGAUGAACGAAACGUAUCAACACCCAGGAAAAUGGCACGAUUUGGUAUUGAUACCAACAUUGACUCGGUCCAGUAGUAAUCAUUACGUUAUGUCGCAUGUGAUUCGUGGCCUGGAGGGGAAUUCAGUAUACGAAGCAAUAGUUCAAGCGAAAAAUCACAACGGAUGGAAUGAGAUAAGUGAUAUCCAUCAGUUUUAUACACGAAGCCACGAGCACCCGAUUCAAGUUGACGAUAUGGAAUAUAAAAUGGCCUCAUCUUCAUCGACAGCAUGUGAAUCGAUACCAACCAUAUUCACAUCCAUCUUCGGUCUAACGCUGAGCAUUCUUUGGCUGACCCUACACCAAAUUCAAUAAUUUCAUUCAAUGUGAUUUUUUCCUAUUAAAUUAAUUAAAAACAGAAACAACACACUCA